AUGCAGCUCUCUUCCCGGCAUGUUGCUCGUAGCUCCAUGCCGUCAUUUGUGUUGCUAAUCUUGCUGAUGGCCGGCCGUGGCCAAUGCCACGAUGGACGAGAUGACGAGCUGCUUGCCGCAAUCAAGCGGCAGAUGGACAGCGUUCCGGAACCGCCUGUGGACAUCACAGAAAUCCCCAAGGACCUGCGCUGCAAGUACUGCCAUGCCGUGGCCUCCACCUUCACGACAGCAUUGGAGGUGAAGACCAAGUCCUUGCCGCCAUCACGGCAUGGCCUCAAAGAGGAGGAGUACAUCAAGGUGCUGGUGGAGGCGUGUGAGAAGCCUGUGCAGCCAGGGGACCUGGAGUCGCCGCACUUUGAGGCACGCCACCUGAAGUGGCUUUGUGGGGACAUCUUGCAGACUCUGGGCGAAGAGGACGUUUGGGAGCUUUUCCAGAAGCAUGCAGAAGUUCCUGCGGCGCGCCUCUGCUCGAGGAAGCUUCGCCUUUGCCCGAAAGAGAGCCCUCGAAGACGGAAUGCCACGGGCGACCUCUAA